AAAACAAACACAACCGAAAAGUGUUGGAACACGUGUAGACUACAUUUCCAUUGUUUGUGAUACAGAAAGCUUAUUUAAAGGCCCGUCGCUUUACAGUCAUAUUUCUUCAGACGACAAAAAACCCUGACUGCUUUUUUGGAUACGUCGAAAAAGUGGAGUUUCAAGGUCUGUAGAACACUACUAAGAUGGCCUCUGCAAAAGUCAACUCUCCACUCCAGAUGAUGAGGAACAUCAAAGAAGAGACGGAGGAGUUCAGAUUAGCUGAUUUUCCAGAACAACUGAACAUAAAAGAAGAGAGAGAAGAGUUCCCUGGUUCUUCAGAACAGCUGAAUGUAAAAGAAGAGACAGAGCAGUUCCCUGGUUCUUCCUCCCAGCUGAACAUGAAAGAAGAGACAGAGGAGUUCCCCGGUUCUCCACUUCAGCUGAACGUAAAAGAAGAGAGAGAAGAGUUCCCUGGUUCUUCAGAACAGCUGAAUGUAAAAGAAGAAACAGAGCAGUUCCCCGGUUCUCCACCUCAGCUCAGGAGCGUAAAAGAGGACAGCGAGGAGACCCUGCGUUCUCUUUACAGUCUGAGGAGCGUAUCUGUAGUGCUGGUGGAUUGCUGUAGACCACAAGGACGGCAGGAGAACAAUGAAGAGAACCACAGAGAUGUCGAGCCAAGCAGGAGAUCUGGGCACCUGCUACUCUGCAGUUCCAGCGGAGCGGAGUUUAGUGGAAAAACACAUUCUGCUGCCUUCACUACAGAGAGGCCGUACCCUUGCAGCCAGUGUGACAAGAGCUUUAGGACAAAACAAAAUCUCCGAAACCACCACCGUGUUCACACAGGGGAGAAACCAUUUUCAUGCUUAGACUGUGGAAAGAGUUUCUCACAGUUUUCUCGCCUCCACAUACAUCGUCGCAUUCACACUGGAGAGAGACCGUACGCUUGCAGUCAGUGUGACAAGAGCUUUAAGAGAAAAGAACAUCUCCAAAUCCACCAGCAUGUUCACACAGGGGAGAAACCAUUUUCAUGCACUGACUGUGGAAAGAGUUUCUCACAUUCUUCUACCCUCCACACACAUCGUCGCAUUCACACUGGAGAAAAGCCAUAUGUUUGCAGCCAGUGUGACAAGAGCUUUAAGAGAAAAAGAGAACUCCAAAUCCACCAGCCUGUUCACACAGGGGAGAAACCAUUUUCAUGCAAAGACUGUGGAAAGAGUUUCUCACGGUAUUCUACUCUCCUUGCACAUCGUCGCAUUCACACUGGAGAAAGGCCGUACGCUUGCAGUCAGUGUGACAAGAGCUUUAAGUCAAAAGCAGAGCUCAAAAUGCACCACCGUGUUCACACAGGGGAGAAGCCAUUUUCAUGCAUAGAUUGUGGAAAGAGUUUUUUGUCAUCUUCUAAACUCCACAUACAUCGUCGCAUUCACACUGGAGAGAAGCCGUAUGCUUGCAGUCAGUGUGACAAGAGUUUCUCUCAGUCUGGUCACCUUCAUGCACAUCUCCGCAUUCACACUGGAGAGAGGCCGUAUGCUUGUAGUCAGUGUGACAAGAGCUUCUCUCAGUCUGCUCACCUUAAGUUGCAUCGCCGCAGUCACACAGGAGAGAAGCCAUACGCUUGCAAUCAGUGUGACAAGAGCUUUAAGAGAAAAGAUAAGCUCCAAGUCCACCAGCGUGUUCACACAGGGGAGAAACCAUUUUCAUGCUUAGACUGUGGAAGGAGUUUUUCAACGGCUACUGCCCUCCAGAUGCAUCGCCGCAUUCACACUGGAGAGAAGCCGUACACUUGCAGUCAGUGUGACAAGAGCUUUAAGAGAAAAGAUGGACUCCAAAUCCACCAGCGUGUUGUUCACACAGGGGAGAAACCAUUUUCAUGCAAAGACUGUGGAAAGAGUUUCUCACAGUCCUCUCGCCUCCACACACAUCGUCGCAUUCACACUGGAGAGAGACCGUACGCUUGCAGUCAGUGUGACAAGAGCUUUAAGUCAAAACAACAGCUCCAAAUGCACCAGCGUGUUCACACAGGAGAGAAACCAUUUUCAUGCAAAGACUGUGGGAAGAGUUUCUCAGAUUCCUCUGCCCUCCACACCCAUAAUCAUAUUCACACUGGAGAGAGACCGUAUGCUUGCAGUCAGUGUGACAAGAGCUUUAAGUCAAAAGCAGAGCUCCAAAUGCACCACCGUGUUCACACAGGGGAGAAACCAUUUUCAUGCACUGACUGUGGAAAGAGUUUCUCACUUUCUUCUAACCUCCACAGACAUCGCCUUAUUCACACUGGAGAGAAGCCGUACCCUUGCAGUCAGUGUGACAAGAGCUUUAAGAGAAAAGAUGAGCUCCAAAUGCACCAGCGUGUUCACACAGGGGAGAAACCAUUUUCAUGCACUGACUGUGGAAAGAGUUUCUCACAUUCUUCUAACCUCCACACACAUCGCCUUAUUCACACUGGAGAGAGGCCGUACUCUUGCAGUCAGUGUGACAAGAGCUUUAAGACAAAAUCUCAACUCCAAAUCCACCAACGUGUUCACACAGGGGAGAAACCAUUUUCGUGCACUGACUGUGGAAAGAGUUUCUCACAGUCUUCUCACCUCCACACACAUUGUCGCAUUCACACUGGAGAAAAGCCAUAUGUUUGCAGCCAGUGUGACAAGAGAUUUAAGUCAAAAAGAGAACUCCAAACCCACCAGCCUGUUCACACAGGGGAGAAACCAUUUUCAUGCAAAGACUGUGGAAAGAGUUUCUCACGGUAUUCUACCCUCUUUGCACAUCGUCGCAUUCACACUGGAGAAAGGCCGUACGCUUGCAGUCAGUGUGACAAGAGCUUUAAGUCAAAAGCAGAGCUCAAAAUGCACCACCGUGUUCACACAGGGGAGAAGCCAUUUUCAUGCAUAGAUUGUGGAAAGAGUUUUUUGUCAUCUUCUAAACUCCACAUACAUCGUCGCAUUCACACUGGAGAGAAGCCGUAUGCUUGCAGUCAGUGUGACAAGAGUUUCUCUCUGUCUGGUCACCUUCAUGCACAUCGCCGCAUUCACACUGGAGAGAGGCCGUAUGCUUGUAGUCAGUGUGACAAGAGCUUCUUUCAGUCUGCUCACCUUAAGACACACUUGUCGUCACACUUGAGAGAGUAAAUGAGUCGCUGUUACACUUGAGUGAGGCCGUACACUUGCAGCCAAUGUGACAAGAGCUUUAAGACUAAGAAUCUCCUCAUAUUUCACCAGCACAUUGAUACAGUAGAGAAACCCUUCUCAUGUGCUGACUGUGGAGAAAGCUUUAGGAGGAAAGCAGACCUUAAUAUCCACCAGAGGCUUCACACAGGAGACACACACGUGGGGGAAACCUCUACUCAUACAAAGACAGCAGGAAAUGUUUUAGGAGUGUACAUGAUCACUUCCCACCACUCACUGUAUUUCUCAAACCAAUGAGGGAAUGAGAUGGGUAAUUCUGGUCAGUAUUAACCCAUUGGCGCCUAAGCCAGUUCUUAGAAAAGGUCCCCAAUGCCUGAGGGUUUUCUGAGAUUAGAACAAUUGGUUGAAAACUCCUAUGAAAAAUUCAAUAUCUCAGCCUCUGGAACACAUAGGGACAUGGGAUGAAUUGCAUUUAAAAGGUAAAAUCCUCUGCUUUCACAGGAUUAUGCUCAUUCAGCAUUAACACUAAUACAUUUUCCUUAAAGAAAUCAUAUCUCAAUCAAAUGAUUGAAAAAAGGUU